GCACUGUGCGAGAUGCUGGCACCUAUGCAGAAGUUAUGGUGGAGGUGGAGGUGGCAGCCUUGGGCUCUGUCCCUCUCCUCUCUCUGGAGGCUUACGAGGAUGGAGGCAUCCGGGUGGUGUGUCGAUCGGCCGGCUGGUACCCACCACCGCAGCUGCUGUGGAAGGAUGGCAGUGGGCAGCAUCCCCCCUCGGCCUCCCUGAAACGUUCCCGUGAUGAGAGGGGCCUCUAUGAGAUCCAAGAUGUCAUCGUUGUGAGCGGGAAGGGAGACAGGAACGUGUCGUGCGUGGUGAGGAACAGCCGCCUGGAGCAGGAAUCGUCCCUGCACGUCUCAGCUCCCUUUUUCCACAAUGCCCGUCCCUGGAUGGUAGCUCUGGUUCUGCUCCUCCUGCUUUUAGUGAUGUGUUUUGGUGUCAUUGCUUAUCUCUUCCAAAGGAAAGUCCCGAGCGCUGGGUGA